ACAGCUGUAAUUCAGCAGAGCUGCAUCGGGGGUCUGAUCGACCAGAGCACAUUUUUGACGAAGCUGCUGAGUGUUUGGGGUCCAGUGCCGCGGGCUAUCAUGGUGGUGAAGGUCCUUCUGGUCCCUCUGCUUUUCCUCUUUACAUCAAAACCAGGUGCGUGCCACCUGACACUCGAGGAACAAUAUGUCAGGCGUGGUGAGAUGGUGUUGUUGCAGUGCCCUUCUACAUGUUAUCAAAAAGGUGAUGCCAAGGUGAUCUGGACCAGUUAUACCGCCCAGAAGAUGGAUCUGACCAACAUGUCAUCAGCUGAGCAAAAGCAGAUGGGUGUGCUGGUUCAUCAGAAUAGCCUUGUUAUUCUCAGUGCAUCUGUAGAUCAUCACGGGAAUUACUCAUGCUCUGUGGGAAAUGCCAGCUGCCAGUUCAGGUUCAUGCUGACAGCAAGCACAUCAAAGUCCAAAGAGUAUGAAGAGAUGCACAAUAAAUCAUGUGACACUCAAGAGUCCUGCAUGUUGAAUUGCCCUGAUCCAACUAUCCCUCCAAAUAUUACCAAAAAUGGCUUCACAUGGCACAAGGAGGGUGAAGCAAAAGACGGUUACUUCCAAACUGUUGAAGAGAAAGACAAGGGUGUCUACACCUGUACUAGAUCUUACCUGUAUCUUGGUCAAAUCUAUAAUAAGACCUUUAGAGUGGAACUUCAACUCAAACCAAAGAAAUUUGACAAAGCCGCAGUCAUCAUUUCACCAAAAGACAAUGAAGUGGUUCCCGUAGAUUUGGGCUCAAAGGCGGAGAUUGAAUGUAAAGCUGUUACAUAUUCAGACUUUGACGGCGUGUUCUGGAUUAGUGGGGGAUCAGUAAUGUUCAAAAAUCCCAGUUUACCAGUUUACUACAAAACCACACGGGAAAAAAAUGCAGAAAAAAUAAAGCUGACAGCAUCUCUGGUCUUCAAAAAAGUGUCAGAGGAGGAUCUAUCAAAAAAUUAUACCUGUAAACUGGAAUCUGUCUCCAACAACCUCCCAAGCUUCGUUACUAUCACUUUGGUCCAGAAAACUCGCCCUUCUUACAUUUUCCUGUGUCCCAGCAUUGUGGCCAUUGUGGUGGUAAUGGUUGUGACAGUAAUUAUCUAUGUGAAGUUGAAAAUUGACAUCACUCUUUUCUUAAGAGACACUCUUGGUUGCUAUGGACGCACCUCAGAUGGAAAAAUCUACGAUGCCUUUGUGAUGUGUUAUAAGAGCGACACAGAUGCAGGAGUAAAUGCUGAUGACAGAAAAUGGCUGGAGAGUGUUUUGGAAGAGAAGUUUGGCUACAGUCUCUGUCUUUAUGAUCGUGACGUUUUACCAGGGAAAGCUACAGCGGAAGCAGUGUUAGACUGCAUAGAGCAGAGUCGGACGGUGGUUUUGGUCCCCACCUCUCCAGAUCCUGAUCUAGGGUCUGGCCUGCUGAGUGCCAUCCAUGCAGCUCUUGUGGAGAGGCAGACUCGCUUAAUUUUCAUAAAAACUGAGACAACACAAGAUUCAACAUCAGGUUCCUUAGCUGAGGCCUUACAAUUUUUUAGUGAAGCUGGUGUCUGUGUCACCUGGAAGGGCUUAAGCUCCAUGCCAUCCGCCUCCUCCUUCUGGAAACAGCUGCGCUAUUACCUACCUGCCAUGCCAAAACCUUCACCACAGACAAACCAGGAUGUUGCCUCAUGGCAAAAGGUUUAGCCAAGUUAUAAUUAAUAGCUUUUAUCAUAUCCAUCUUCACCACCUGUUUAUAUUCUGUACCUAUAAAAAAGAAUGUAUAUUGAAAGUAAUUCAUUUUGAACAUUUACCUUGUCAUAAUUUUGCUAUAUAACAUGUUGUAUUUUUGAAUUUGUCAGGUAGAAAACUCCUUAUUAAGACAGAACACUGACACAAGCAACUUUUCCUGUCAGCUGCCAAGACCUGUAAUUUAUGCAUGAAAAUAAUGUGAAAAUAUAA